CAGCAGCAGCGUUGCAGUGUGGGGGAUCAUACGCGGAGAGAGAGGGAGCGACUGGAGGGGAGAGACUCGACCUGGGUGACCGCUCUGGACGAAUAGCACCCCCGCUUCCCCCCCGACACAUUCACCGGCAGACCAGCAUCACCAGCCUCGGUCCGGGUGACCCUCAGUGAGUGACAAAUGUGUGAGAAAGCAGAGAACCACUUUCCUCUCCCAGUGGAGAUCUGAGUUCUGGGACACUGAGGCAGCCGGUGGGGGUCUCUGAGGAAGAUGCUGGGUUCAGAGCGCGGUGUUGUAGAAGAAUGGCUCUCAGAAUUCAAGUCCUUACCAGAAACCCACAUCCCCAGCUACGCCGGCAGCCUUCAUCUGAAGAAGUCCCUGGUGUCAGCUCUCUACAGAGUCAUCCAGGACCCCAACAAUGAGCUGCUGGAGCCGGUGUGCCACCAGCUGUUUGAGCUGUACCGGAGCUCUGAAGACCGCCUGCGACGCUUCACCCUGCAGUUCCUGCCUGAGCUGGUGUGGGUAUAUCUGCGGCUCACGGCCAGCAGGGAUCGUCAGAGCAAUGGCUGCAUUGAGGCGCUCCUCUUGGGCAUCUACAACCUGGAGAUCGUCGACAAAGAUGGCAACAGCAAGCUCCUGUCCUUCACAAUCCCAUCUCUGUCCAAACCAUCAAUAUAUCAUGAGCCUUCUAGUCUGGGGUCCAUAGCACUGACAGAGGGGGCUCUGUGUCAACAUGACCUGAUCAGAGUGGUGUACAGCGGCCUCCACCCACAGAGAGAGACCUUCACGGCUCAGAACAGGUUUGAAGUGCUGUGUUUCCUGAUGCUCUGCUACAACUCUGCUGUGGUGUACAUGCCCCUCUCUUCGUAUAAGUCGGUCUGCAGAAUGAGCUCCAGGUUGUGUGUAUGUGGCUUCCCUCGGCAGCAACAGAAGCUUUGGCGGGAUCCAUGCAACCGUGUGCUGCUGGACCCUGAGUUCAUGGUGCAGAUGCUGACUGCCGUGUAUCAUGCCAUAUACAAUGGAGAAUGGGAGAUGGGGCGGGAAGCUCUGGAGGACAUUCUGUACAGAGCUCAGCUGGAGCUUUACUCCCAACCUCUCCUGCUGGGGAACGCCAUGAAGAACUCGCUGCCAGAAAGUGCUCCCAACGAGUCACAGGGGCGCAAAGUGCUCCAAGUGGAGGUGACGCCCACCAUUAGCCGCAUCUCCAUCUCAGCCAUCACAACUGCCUCCAUACGGCGCCACCGCUGGAAAAGAGAGGAUUGUUUUGACUACUCAGCCGAUGCAGAGUUGAGCUUCAUCGUCAAUCCUCCUAGCCCAGUCCACCACCACCACACUCCCUGGGACGCAGCAGCCAAAGAGGAAAGACGAGGGCGAGCUCACAGCCACCGCAGCAGCAGCAGCAUCAUUCCCCCGAUCACACUUGAGGGUAGGGGACAGGGGCGGAUGCUCAGAGAAGAGAGGGUCUCAGGAGGAGAUGCUGAUGGCAUGAGCGGUGGGGAGGAUUCCUUCAACGUCAACGACCCAGACGAGGGUUUCUCCUCCGGGGCUUCCAACAGCAGCCAGCCCAGCGGCAUCAAGGCGAGCGGCAGCGUGGGGCCGCGGGGCGGCAGCCUGAACAGCAGCAGCAGCAGCAUCAAGAAAGCCAUCACAGCCCGGCUGUCACGGGACAAGGAGAGGGAGAGGGAAAGGGAGAGGGAAAGGGAGAGGGAUCGAGAGAGAGCAGCGGAAAAACAGGCCGAAUUGUCUACUGAUCACCAGGCAGCUGUGAGGAGGCAUCACCAGAGGCAGCAGUCGCCUCCAGCCAGUAUCACCUUGGAUGCCAUCCAGCUGAGCCCCAUUAAGAAGAACCUGAGCUUCCCUGUCGGGCCCACGCUGGUGCGGACUGGAAGCACCUCCUCCAGUAAGUCUUUUGACUGCAUGAAUUUCAACCUGAACGGAGGCAAGGACGAGAGAGAGGAGGCACUGGGAGGCUCAGACAAGGAAGGGGAGCGUCCGGCAGGCAGCUCCCACCGCCACUCCACCAUUAGCCUGCAGGAGGAGCACCUGAUCAGGCCAGAGGAUGCCCAGGACCUCCUGUCUCCUGGAGCUCCCCUCACCAAGCAGUCCCGCUCCCCCAGCUUCAACAUGCAGAUCAUAUCACAGGUCUAACAUGCAGGGCAGGGCAUAAUACACACACACACACACACACACACACACACACACACACACACACACACACACACACACACACACACACACACACACACACACACACACACACACACACACACACACACACACACACACACACACACACACAACCUAACCAUAAAGGCUUGUUCACACCGAACAUGGCGUAAUUUCAUACAAAGUGAAUCGAGUUGAAAUAUUUUAACUCGGGCAUCAAAUUCGCGUAGUGCGAUGUUGCAUCAUCCAAUCAGCGCUGAGAAUGAAACUCCGCGGACUCGGCCCUGGGACCGACCCGAGCUAGAGAGUGAUCAGGCCCUUCACUAAUCAGCCCCAGGUGGCCUUGGAAACCACAGUCAUCCAGACCAAGCUCCUGUAGGAGCCGGUGACAGUCCCUGAGCUGUGUGCUGUUCCGGGUGGGCUUGUGGACCCACACACAACAGCGCUGGCUUCCCCAGUUUUUCGAUUAACUUGAAUAAACACAAAUGAUCCGCAUUCGGUGUGAACACACCAUUACAGCCUGACUACUACAACUCCUGUCUACCUGUGCGUUAACGUGUGUGUGUGUGUGUGUUUGGGAACAAACCCUUUCAUCAUCCAUUAAAUAAAAAUUGGCCUGCAGUUACUGAGAAUGCAACAAGAAAAGUAGUAAAAUCAUAACAGCCCACUUCUGUAACCACAGUGGAGCAUUAAAGAGUCACUGCUCUCUUUGUGGAGAGAAAAGUCGUAAGGAUGCCACGCUAGCUGAAGGGGAAGUAUGACAUUUCAGAUUUUUCUUGAGUUCAUGAAUCAGCAAUAACACUUAUCGUCGCUCAUGUGGAGAAGAGUUCUCUUCAUUCCUUCCCUGUCAUUCCCGGGCUCACGUGCAAUCGUUCUUGCUGAUUAUCUUCCUUCUUAAUUGCUGUUUGGUGGAAAUGGUUUUACGGAGAAAAAUAAAUCUUUAAAUAUUUAGUUAAUUACAAUCCAAAGAAGAUAGAUUUUGUUUUCGUUCACUUUGCUGAAGUCAGAUUUUGUCGGAUCCAAAUGAUUCUCAGCCCAUGACUUUAAUUUUAUUGUGAAAAUUAUUAUAAUAAUAAUGAUCUGAUUUGAUCUAUAAAACUUUUAAGAUUGUUGUUCAACCAAACUGGAAUGUGAUAAGGGUUUGUCUUGCCCCAGACUUUUAACCAGGCAAAUCACUACUGUGCAGCUACAGAAGGAAAGAAUUCCUCUUGUGAUUUGAUAUAAAACCCGAAACUUGAGUAGGAACUGGAUAAAAACAUUGAGAAGGUGCAGGUUUGUGUCUGAAGCUAAAGGCAAUGACUGUAUUUUAUAUUGGGAUUGUUUUUUCUGGUUUAAACCAUUGCAAUCUGAAAGCACUUGUUGGUGUCGAGGCUUGUGCGUGGCAUUGUCUCUGAUCCGUUGAAUUUGCCGCUGGAGGCUCGUACUCGUCACUGUGCAUCAGCAGUAACCAUGACGGUGGUCUUGUUGUGCUCUGAUUGGAUGCUCAUGAAACAUUUUGUUCUACCUCAUUGUGUGUUCACCUGCCACUCAGACACCUGUCUCCCAAUCAGAUGCAGGAUUAAAGACCCCAUUAGGUUUGAAACCGGAGCGCUCGACCAGUAUAGCGAGGGACCAAUAUGGUUUCACACUGCAGCUGUAACGACACUGAAGAAUCUGUUCUGACUGAAUUUCUGGUCCACACAUUUCAGUUCAAUCACAUUGUGCACAAACUCGCGCUGCAAAACGAGAACACAACCUCUGUCUUCAGGUUUUCAUAUUCUCUGUCAUAUAUCAAACAACCACACUGGGGGUUAACCUGAUAAUUUACCAAGAGAAAUGUCCUGCUUAUCUUUUUAUUUAUGUAAUGAUUUUCAAAGUGCAAUUUUGUUCUCCUCACGUGCAUGGAGUUGGAUCUUCUCUGCUGAUAAAUGCCUGCAUCUGUGCACAGUGCUAGCUAGCCUUCUGUAGUGCUCCCUGCCCAGACUGAGUGAUUUUAAAACAUGGCGUGCUUGUCUGCAUGUUUAUUUCCCUGCAAAGCACUGCUGUUUUUUUAGAUGCGUGAUUUACGGCCAACAAGUCAAACCCAAGUCUCGUCUUCUGCCAGAUGUGCCAACACACAUCCUCUUAAUCUUUUUUCGCUUGGGUGUCUUAAGUUAAAAAUGCCUUUUUUUCUGUUUACUUGUCUUAUUUUAAAUUUAAGGCACAAAAAAAGGGAUGUUUGGACGUGUGGCUCAACGUGCCCUUAGAUGCGGCUUCACCUUUUUUGCCAUGAACCAUCUUUUCACUCGUCACUCGUGUGUGCGACACACUGUACUUUCACAAUCAUUACUAAGCAUUGCUGUUCACGUUAAAAAGCAGUAUAGUAAGCGUCUGUGUACUGUAGCCGUCAGCUGUUGUAUUGCAUUUCCCCAAGUCUUGCUUACGUGCUCGUUGAAAACGAGGGUGAAUGAUUAAUGUAUAUAAAAGUCAGUUCAGUCUGCAGUGAAACUGUCACACACUCGCGCUCCUGCUGUGCUGAAAAGCCGUCACACGGCCACUGCUCCUUUGUGCGCUUCCACCUUAAACAUUUCAGGCCAAACAGCCUACGAUUGCUGGCUCUUUGGCCUCACGGCGCUCCUCCUCUUCCUCCUCCUGCUGGACUGGACUGCGGAAGAAGAAGAAGAGUGCAGUUCACGCUCUCACCUGGUCUGUCUGCCGUCAUCCUCUGUGCUGUGUGGCUCCCAGCGAGCCGUGUUACCAUUUGCUGUAUUUUGCUGUGAGUUGAGUGGCACCUUUUUGCUGUUUUUAAAACUGGUGACGUGUUCAUGUCAUUAAUAUAUGAGUGCCCCUGACCGAGAUUUACCAGCAGCCAUGUUGGUACUGUAUGUUGACUUAGAGUAAUCCCUCAGUGUCUGGUGUUAUUUGCAUGUGAUCAGGGCGGGAAAUGAACGCCGGCUAGCACACGUCUGAUUGGCUGUGGCUGAUUAUUUUAUCUUCCAUUUAUUUUUGGCAGAAUUAUCAGCUCAGAAAUCCUCACAUGGUCCACUAACAUUUAAAAAACAGAAAAUCUCUUCAAGGUUGUGGAAAUAUUUCGUUAACUUCGUACCGUGUCAGCUGUUGCUGCUGGUGGACAACGUUCAUUUCCUGUCCUGCAUGUGAUAACUGUGGGCUUGGUUUUCAUACAGUAUAAUGCACUUUAAUCCAUCCACCUCUCUCCUCAAGAUAGUUAUAAAUGAUAUAUAUAUAUAUAUAGAUGUGCAAAUGUGUAUACACUAAAUGCAGGGUUUAAGUCUCUUUAAAGUAGUACUUCUAUGUGAUGUCACAUCCAACACAAUGCUAUUUUUGUUAGUCUAAGGGUACAGCUAUCUAUUUUUAUUUUUUCAUUUCAAAACCAAAAAAAAAAGUUCCGUGGUCUGGAAGGUCUCAGGAGAUUAUCAAAAUGCCACAUUUAAAAAUGGCAGCACCAAAAUUUCUGUUCUUGAAGUCAGAAUUGAUUCUAUGCAACAUUUUUUCCCCUUUUUUUCCUUUUGUUUUCGGUUCUCGGUAUAUGGGCUCUCAUUAAUCCUUGUCGGGUGGGAUGGGGCUGAUGCUUUUAAGCUGAUAUUUAAGGUGCGAGUCCUCAACAGCAUCCUCAUUCAACAGUUCCGUUUGUACACCCUGUUGUGGUGCCACAGAGUAAGCACCUCUCAUGUGGGUAAAAUACGAGAGAAAGCCACAUGUGGACUUCUGAUUCAUGUUGAGCCCUCAUGUCAGUUUGCUCCUCUGUGGCUCAAAGACGUCGGCCAGUGUAUGAAAUGUAAACAGAUGAUCGGUGAUGAAUCUAAUAUUGAUGCUUCGAGGGAAGCUGCUGUAAGAUGUGAUAACACUGUACCACUGCUGUUGUAUAAAUGGAGAGAAAGACUUAUUUUAAAUCUUGUAAAUAUCGAAUGUACAAAGGUGAGAGCAAGGUAAAUUUAAAAAAACAACCGAGGAUCAGUCUGAUAUGUAGGGAGAAAUUAAUCUGUAUAUUGUUGAAUAAAUAUUGUGCCGUAAGGGA